CGAGCGCCUCUCGCGCUCGCCCCUCCUGCGCUCGCCUUUUUCUUACCCUCACCUCCCUUUCUCCCCUUCUCCCUCUCGCUUCCUCCAGCCCGCGUUCCUUCCUAGAGUGGUUGUUGUCGCUGCCCCCCUCCCCUCGAUCCCUGUCCCUCUUUCUCCCCCUUCCCCUCCGGGGGGGGUGUGUGUGGCAACUUUUCCCCCUCGCUUCUCCUCCUUCUGUUUCCCCUUAUAUGUGACCAUGGCAGUGCCGGCGGCUUUGAUCCCUCCGACCCAGCUGGUCCCCCCUCAACCCCCGAUCUCCACGUCUGCUUCCUCCACCUCCACCUCCUCGGCGACCUCGUCUCCGGCUCCGUCCCUCGGCCCCCCGGCGUCGUCUGGGCCAACUCUGUUCCGGCCGGAGCCCAUCGCCUCUUCGGCGUCUUCCUCGGCGGCGGCCGCAGUCACCUCUCCUGGUGGCGGCGGUGGCGGCAGCGGAGGCGGCGGUGGCAGCGGCGGCAACGGAGGCGGCGGCGGCGGCGGCGGCGGCGGGAGCAACUGCAACCCCAGCCUGGCGGCCGGGAGCGGCGGCGGCAUCAGCGCUGGCGGCGGCGGCGGCGCCUCCAACACCCCCAUCACCGCGAACACCGGCGGCGGCGGCGGCGGCGGCGGCAGCAGCAGCAGCAGCAGCAGCAGCAGCAGCAGCAGCAGCAGCAGCAGCAGUAGUAGCAGCAGCAGCAGCAGCAGCAGCUGCGGCCCCCUCCCCGGGAAACCUGUGUACUCAACCCCGUCCCCAGUGGAAAACACCCCCCAGAAUAAUGAGUGCAAAAUGGUGGAUCUGAGGGGGGCCAAAGUGGCUUCCUUCACGGUGGAGGGCUGCGAGCUCAUCUGCUUGCCCCAGGCUUUCGACCUGUUUCUGAAGCACUUGGUGGGGGGCUUGCACACCGUCUACACCAAACUGAAGCGGUUGGAGAUCACGCCGGUGGUGUGCAACGUGGAGCAGGUUCGCAUCCUGAGGGGACUGGGGGCCAUCCAGCCCGGAGUGAACCGCUGCAAACUCAUCUCCAGGAAGGACUUCGAGACCCUCUACAAUGACUGCACCAACGCCAGUUCCAGACCUGGAAGGCCUCCUAAGAGGACUCAAAGUGUCACCUCCCCAGAGAACUCUCAUAUCAUGCCGCAUUCUGUCCCUGGCCUCAUGUCUCCUGGAAUAAUUCCACCAACAGGCCUGACUGCAGCUGCUGCAGCUGCUGCAGCUGCUACCAAUGCAGCUAUUGCUGAAGCAAUGAAGGUGAAAAAAAUCAAAUUAGAAGCUAUGAGCAACUAUCAUGCCAGUAACAACCAACAUGGAGCAGAUUCUGAAAACGGGGACAUGAAUUCAAGUGUUGGACUGGAACUUCCUUUUAUGAUGAUGCCCCACCCUCUAAUUCCUGUAAGCCUACCUCCAGCAUCUGUCACCAUGGCAAUGAGCCAGAUGAACCACCUUAGCACCAUUGCAAAUAUGGCAGCAGCAGCACAAGUUCAGAGUCCUCCAUCUAGGGUGGAAACGUCAGUUAUUAAGGAGCGUGUUCCCGACAGUCCCUCACCUGCCCCCUCUCUUGAGGAGGGCCGAAGGCCUGGCAGCCACCCAUCAUCGCACCGCAGCAGCAGCGUGUCCAGCUCCCCUGCACGGACCGAGAGUUCUUCCGACAGAAUCCCUGUCCAUCAGAAUGGAUUGUCCAUGAACCAGAUGCUGAUGGGUUUAUCACCAAAUGUACUUCCUGGGCCAAAGGAGGGAGAUUUGGCUGGUCAUGACAUGGGACAUGAGUCCAAAAGAAUUCACAUUGAAAAAGAUGAGACCCCGCUUUCUACACCAACCGCAAGAGACAACAUCGACAAACUUUCUCUAACUGGGCAUGGACAACCACUACCUCCAGGCUUCCCAUCUCCCUUCCUGUUUCCCGAUGGCCUGUCUUCCAUAGAGACCCUUCUCACAAACAUACAGGGCCUUUUGAAGGUUGCCAUUGAUAAUGCCAGAGCUCAAGAAAAACAGGUCCAACUGGAAAAAACGGAGCUGAAGAUGGAUUUUUUAAGGGAAAGAGAACUAAGAGAAACACUCGAGAAGCAACUGGCCAUGGAACAAAAGAACAGAGCCAUCGUCCAAAAGAGGCUAAAGAAGGAAAAGAAGGCAAAGAGAAAACUGCAAGAAGCACUGGAAUUUGAGACCAAACGCCGUGAGCAAGCAGAGCAGACGCUGAAACAGGCUGCUUCAGCAGACAGUCUCAGGGUCUUAAAUGACUCCCUGACCCCAGAGAUAGAAGCUGACCGCAGUGGCGGAAGAACAGAUGCAGAAAGGACAAUACAAGAUGGAAGACUGUAUUUGAAAACUACCGUCAUGUACUGAAUCCUUCCCGUUGAAGAAACCCAUCCUUUACUACAGAACUCUAGAGUCAGGCAUUCAGCAUUGGAAAGUUCAGGAAAACAACAGCAACAAAAAAAUUCAUAUAAAGGAACUUCUUCAACUUUGUGUGUUAACUUCCCUUAACAUUUAAGUAUUCCACAAAAGCAGAAAAGUUUCCAUCAUUGAUUUUCCACCUGUGGCUCAUACUGGAGACAGAGAAUGUUUAAAAAUGUGCACACAUCAAACUUCCAGCAGUCAGCAACUCUUAUGCUCUGCUGCACAACUGUGUACACGGUUAAAGAUGGGUCUAAGGAAGACCUGGCUUUGAUUUGCUUUCUUUUUGUUCUUCUCAAUGGAAUGAACCAUUUUUCCUCUUCUAAAAAUUCUGUAACUGAGCGCAUCAACAGACUUUGUCACAGUGUUUGUUCACCUAUACUUACAGAACAGUGUCCCACAGAAGCCAGCAAGAAUGCAUGGGAAGAACCUGUAAGAGCCAUCGAGGAUUUGGUGGGCAGUGAGAGAAUUGAGAGCAUUCUGUUACGUUCGAUUUUAAACUCUGUAAUUGACGAUUUUCUCCUAAAGACAUUUUUCAUAUCCUUUCUGAAAGACCAACAGAUAUAUGUUAACAACUCAAUGAAAUUACAUUUUGCAUAUCUAAAACAGAAGCAGUGAAUAUAAGCCAAAAGGUUUCACUGGUGGUCUCUUUUUUCUUAAAGAUAAAAAUAUAUAAAGUAUAUAUAUAAAUAUAACAUGUUUUCAUUCCAAACUGGUAGUAGUGUAUAGGAUUAAAAUUAAUAACAUUGCUUCUUACUCAAGCUGUUGGUCACAUGUACAGUAUAUAAACAUAAAACUCACAGGAAGGUAUUAUGUAUGCAGUAGUAUACUAGCGUUUAGGAAAUGAACAUUUUAGAAAAUAUGUUUUGUCACCCUGUUGGUCAGAAAGAUGUCUUUCUGGUUUUAACGCAUGCAGGCAUGUAAAUAUUUGUCUGGAGUCACAGUAUUAAUGAAUGAGAUCUUAUGAGUCUGGUGACAUCAGAACUCUGUGUCAGCUACUUUUAUUUGUAUAUUGAUCCCUAGUGAGUGCCCCAUACUUCACUACAGAGGAUGAAUUGUGGCUGACCAGCAAAUCAAAACACCAGAGAUAUUUUUAUAUGUUAAUGUCAUAUUAUGUUAAUGUUGCUGAAAAACAAGACUUAACAAACCCUUGGUGUAUUGGUCCGAUACCAUGUAGCCCCGAGUGAUAAAGUUAAACUGUGCUGUGCUUCCUACCCUGUUCAGAGGGAAGGGUGGCUACGUGUUAUUUUUUACUGUCUUUUUGAAAGUUACAGUAUGUGUUUUCACAUUUGUGCAUAUAACUGGAGGCUAUUACACUCGGAAGUUAUCGUUGUUUUUACACAAUUUGAGUGACACAUGACUCAGUGCAGCGGCUGUACAUUUUAUGAUUCUCUGUCAUCUUAAAACAACAAAGUAAUAAGUGUAAAGAAGCUAGCUUCAAAUGUUUAAAGAUAGUUCUGAUUGGGUAAUCAUUAUUUGAUUGAGAAAAUUCACCCGUUUGGACACUGUGUCACUAAGCUUCUGUACUUUUUAGGUCUUCCUUGCAGUUCUGAAACAUAACUAAUUCUUGGCUGCAACUUGCUAUUAACCAGUUAAGUCCAUUUUUCAUACAACAAAGGGUUAUAUGUACAGUUAUUUUAGCUUGCUUUGAGAGGGAGUAAUAUUUUAAUUUAAAAAUAUUGUUAGUAACUGCUUUGUAGAAACUUGGUUUGCUGAGCAUAAUUUUCCCAGGAUCAUGUUUUGUUAUUUGAGGAAAAGAGAUUCUAUUCCUACUUACUUGUAUCAUUUAUUUGUUUUUCCCUACAUACAGUCUUUAAAAGAUUACAACACAUGAAUUGGAUGGACUUGUGUCAAGAUCUGGAGUCAUAUAUUAACAGAUACAAUUUACAUAUGUAGUAGAGUUGGCCAUUGCUCUGCUCCUGGCCUAGAGUCCACCUGUUAAGUGGGGUAAAUUGUUUUGAAGUACAUACGUGAAAGACCUCUGAGAAUGCUUUGGUGUUUGGUUAAACAAAAAGGAAAUUUUAGAAGAAUUGAAGACAAAUGUUGUUUGCUGUAUGUUGAGACUCUUAUUAACCUGUUGUACAUAGUACAAUUCACAAAAUGUUAUUGUAAGUUUGUAACUUAAUUUUUGCCUUUUCAGUUAAACAGGUUUGUUUAGAAAUUUGUGUUUUGGUGUAAGCAAGUAAAAUUGUGUCCAUUUUAUGUUUUCCAUGCUUUUGUAACCUUACAAAUAUUAACGUCUAGUUGUUCUAUAUUAUAACCAUAUUUGCGCUCUAUGCAAGCCCUUGGAACAGAACAUACUCAUCUUCAUGUAGGACCUAUGAAAAUUGUCUAUUUUUAUCUAUAUAUUUAAAGUUUUCUAAAAAUGAUAAAAGGUUAUUACGAAUUUUGUUGUACAAAAUCUGUACAAAAAUCUGUUUUUACAUCAUAAUGCAAGAAUUGGAAAUUUUUCUAUGGUAGCCUAGUUAUUUGAGCCUGGUUUCAAUGUGAGAACCACGUUUACUGUUAUUGUAUUUAAUUUUCUUUUUCUUUUCAACAAUCUCCUAAUAAAAAUGUCUGAAAUCGC